UCUCCUUCCUGGGAGAGCUGCAGACCGCAUGGAAGCAAAGGCUCUUGGGAUUGCAACACCCAGAAAGCCUGUAUUAUCUGUCAGUGCAAGAAAGAUUAAGGAUAAUGCAGCAGAUUGGCACAAUUUAAUCCUGAAAUGGGAAAGCCUCAGCGAUGCAGGUUUUACCACUGCAAGUAACAUUGCCAACCUGAAAGUCAGCUUGUUGGAAAAAGACAAGAUUGAAUUAGCAAGCACCACUUCAGCUUCCUGUGAGGAGGGAGAAAAGCGGCGUCUGGAGUGUGACAAGGAGCUGGAGGCUCUGUGUGAAGAACUGCAGGCCACCUUGGAUGGUUUGACGAAAGUACAAGUGAAAAUGGAAAAGCUGUCUUCAACUACCAAGGGAGUUUGUGAACUAGAAAAUUACCAUUAUGGGGAGGAGAGUGAACGCCCCCUUCUGUUUCACACGUGGCCCACAACGCAUUUUUAUGAGGUCUCCCGCCAGCUCUCCGACAUGUACAGCAAAGAACUCCUCCUGAAGCGGACUAUUGGAGCUGAGCUGGCACACACGGCCGACCGCAACCUCGCCCUGAGCUACCUGUCCAUGUGGCUGCACCAGCCCUACGUGGAGAGCAGCAGCAAGCUACACCUGGAGAGCAUGCUGCUAGAAACGGGGCACCGGGCACUGUGACUCCCAAGACAUCCUGGCCUGUGGGAACAGGCCCCAUGACCAGACCCUGUCCUGGCUGGUGUGGCUCCAACCCGUCCUACUACCGUUCUACUGGCCCCUGCCACCUCUCCAGACCAUUGCUACAGCUGUCCUUCCCCAGGUGCCUCACUCCUGAGCUCCUCAGAGAGAAAGGAGUUCCCAAGAAUGACUGAGGGACCUGGUUUUUAUAACUGAAUGCUCCUGACACGCAUCUGCGUAGAUAAUCCUGAGCUUCAGUUUUACUUGAUAUCAAUCUACAUUUAUUGUUUUUGUUAUGCUAGAGAUCAAACCUAGGCCUCAGCCACCGAGCUACAUCCCUACCCCUGUAUUUAAAGUUUGAUUAUAUUAGCUAGGCAUGGUGAUGCCCACCUUUAAUCCCAGCAUUUGGGAAGCAGGGGUAGAAUGAUUGUCAUGACUUCAAAGUCACCCUGAGAUACUACAUAGUGAAUUCCAGAACAGCCUGGGCUAAA